AAAUUAUUGUUUGUGUCUUAGACAGCUGCUCAGGAAGCCAUCCUGCAUGUAUCUGCAAAUGGCACAUCUUUACCAGCUAAGGACUACUGCAUGCAUUAUAACCCCAGUUGGACGGUGCUUCCAAGUUCCCUAGAAAAUGCAACUUCUCUUAGUUUGAUGAACCUGACUGCCACACCACUGUGCCAUCUCUCUGAUAUUCCUCCUGGUGGCAUAAAGAACAAAGCAGUUGUGGUGCCGUGGGGACCCUGCCAUUUUCUUGAAAAAGCCAGAAUUGCACAGAAAGGUGGGGCUGAGGCACUGUUGGUUGCCAAUAGCAGCAUCCUAUUUUCUCCCUCAGGGAACAGAACUAACUUUGAAGAUGUGAAUAUACUCAUUGCAUUUAUAAGCCAAAGAGACUUUGAAGAUAUGGAACAGAGCCUUGGAAAUAACAUUACGGUGAAAAUGUAUGCUCCAUCCUGGCCCGACUUUGACUAUACGAUGGUGGUGAUUUUUGCCAUUGCUGUGUUCACCGUGUCAUUAGGAGGAUACUGGAGUGGACUUGUUGAAUUAGAGAACUUGAAGGCAGUAACAAGCACUGAAGACAGAGACCUGAGAAGCAAGAAGGAAGAGUAUUUGACUCUCAAUCCUCUUACAGUUGUGGUGUUUGUGGUCAUCUGCUGUGUCAUGAUGGUCCUGCUCUAUUUCUUCUACAGGUGGCUAGUUUAUGUUAUGAUAGCAAUUUUCUGCAUAGCAUCCGCAAUGGGCCUGUACAACUGUCUUGCCGUGUUGAUUGCUAAGAUACCAUGUGGACAUUGCACGAUUGCAUGUUGUGACAAAAGCAUUAAAGUGGAACUUAUUUUUCUCUCCGGACUAUGCAUCGCGGUAGCUGUUGUAUGGGCUGUAUUUAGAAAUGAAGAUAGGUGGGCUUGGAUUUUACAGGAUAUCUUAGGAAUUGCUUUCUGUCUGAAUCUAAUUAAAACACUGAAGUUACCCAAUUUCAAGUCCUGUGUGAUACUUCUAGGCCUUCUCCUCAUCUAUGAUGUAUUUUUUGUUUUCAUAACACCAUUCAUCACAAAGAAUGGCGAGAGCAUUAUGGUGGAGCUUGCAGCUGGACCUUUUGGAAAUACCGAAAAGAAUGAUGGAAACUUUGUGGAAGCCACUGCUCAACAUUCAGCUCCCCAUGAGAAAUUACCAGUAGUUAUCAGAGUACCAAAGCUGAUCUGUUACUCCGUAAUGAGUGUGUGCUUCAGGCCUGUUUCAAUAUUGGGGUUUGGAGACAUUAUUGUACCAGGCUUGUUGAUUGCAUAUUGUAGAAGAUUUGAUAUUCACUCUGGUUCUUCGUCUAUAUACUAUAUUUCAUCCGUAAUUGCCUAUGCUGUCGGCAUGAUACUUACCUUUGUUGUUCUGGUGCUGAUGAAAAAAGGGCAACCUGCCCUUCUCUAUUUAGUACCUUGCACGCUUAUUACUGUGUCAAUUGUUGCUUGGAGCCGUAAGGAAAUGAAAAAGUUCUGGAAAGGUAGUAACUAUCAGGUGAUGAACCAUCUGGACUAUUCAACAAAUGAAGAAAACCCAGUGACCACCAAUGAACAGAUUGCUCAACAGUAAUAGUAUAUGGACCUACAAUAAUGUGUUAUUGAUUUUCUACAAAUAGAGUUUGGCUUUUUGUUGCGUGCAUUUGUUUGUUUUUUGAGACAGACUGGACUGGAACUCAAAAUCUUGUGCCAUGCCCAGCAAGUUUGACCUUUUAAAUCAACAUUUGAAUUGAGAAUCUGAAAGCAUUUUUAGUGAUGUUUACAAAUACAUAUUUUUUUAUUAGCUGGUAAAAUUGUGUCAUAAAUAGUGAAAAUGCAUUAAUUAUGUUAAAGUUGUGCCUUCACAGCAACUAAAAGCAUAUGGUCUGUGUAAUUUCCAAAUGUAUUAUAUACAUUAUAUUUUUCUAAAACAAAAAUACAUGCCUUGACCCUCCCCUGUACUUUCCUUACUAAAAUAUUUCUCUAAACUCUAAGGAUAGAUCUUGUAUACUAUCAAAGCAAGUCUCUAAAAGAUGGUUUUGUUAAAGAAUUAUGUAAAUCUUAUUUCCUCUAUAAAACUGUUUUAGACCAUGCAA